CCAAUUAAGUACAGUACAGCAGACAACACCAGGCGCUGCCACUUCUCCCGAAGGUUCAACUAAAACCACACCAAAUCAAAUGACGUCAUCCAAAAUGUCCACCAGUUCCACUACUCAGACUGACAAUGCUGUAACAACGAGUGGCUCGUCUACGCAACCUUUGUCAACAACCGGAGAUGCGAUCAGUGAGACAACAAGCAGUCCAGCAUCAACGAAACCAACCUCACAAGCAUCAUCAACAUCAACAACAGGGCAAGGAUCAACAGAUGUUGCUUCGCUUACUUCUGAACAGGCAACCGAUACCACUAAUGCAACAAUGUCAACGCACACAACCCAGGCAUUGUCGUCGGCUACACGUCGCUCCUCCUCUCGGGACAGAGGUCACACGAGCUUCAAAAACUUCCGACUACUGGCCAGCAAUGUUGCCCACAUCGAUGCCUAUGUUCUGUCAUCAUUCACGGUUUCGUCCAUCAUCGAAUGCAGUCAGUUGUGUCUUACCGAUGUCCGUUGCUCGUGUUAUACUUUCAUCGCCUGCGAGGGUUCGUGCUUACUCGGCGAAGAAUGUCUGGCGACUUCUACAUUCGCUUUUGAAAGGCGAACCGGAGCUAAAUUCUAUUCGGCACUUUUUGAAGAUUAGGACUGUUUCUAGAGAGCACGUAGCUAUAAAUACGCGCGCUGCUAGACCACUUGGAAACUGAGGGUGAGGGAUGGCAUAAUAGUAAUUUUGAAAUAACACAACAAUUAGGAAACAAAUAUUUUGAAAAGUGCCAAUUACAGAGAUUUUGUUUUUAAAAAAACAGUCGUCAGAUAAACAAAUUGGCUGACAACGGAUACAAAAAAAAAGAUUUCAGAAAAGAUGGGAUGAACGAAAAGUAGAUGUGUUGUUUUCGUUGUGAUUUGCAGACAAUGCUAGAAAGGGGAGGGAUGUUACCCCCUUUAGUAACGGCCCUUCUUAUAUAGCCAUUUAGAGGCCAUGUGCAGUGAUUAAUGAUAGUGUGAAUAUAUAGUGUGUACAUAUUUAACUCCUAAAUAUUCUGCAGAGACGUUGAUUUAUAAUCCACUAUGUAAAUGUUCGGUAAGCAUUAAAUUAACACAGAUUGGCAAAAAUGAUUCAAAUAUGUACUAAAGAGUAGAAGAUAAUUCACUUCUCAUUUGUUUACACCGGCGCAAGUGAUUUUUUUCAUAGCAUCAGGUCACUGUUAAUAGUACCUUGCUUUGCAAAAAGUGGAGUAAAAGAAUUGUGUGGGGGGAGGAGGCUCACCAAAAAUCUAUAUGGCUUUAAAUGCGUUGUGAAAGAAAAAAAAAAGAACAUUCUACAGAAGGUCUUAUGUCCCACUCACUCAGCCGUAACAUGCUUAACAGAAAUAUGCGACUUUUUAUAUGAAAACUUUGAUGAAGG